AACACGGUGAUGACAUCAAAUGUCAACGUCUUUGCUUGACUUCUACCGUAUAUCUCCGUUAAUAGCGCAACAAAUUUCACAUUCAUACAACCAUAACGAAGGCUGCUUCGGUCGUUUAGCGUUAAGGGGUUCUUGAUGAGUCAGUAUGGAGAUUCGGACGAAGUCAUGUUUGCACCGCGUCCUUGCUUGUAUCCUCUUCACACUAACAUUGUGUUCUUUGGCUAUAUGUCAACGAGAAUGUGACACCCCUGUGGAGCUUGGAUUUCUUGUGGAUCGUUCUGGUAGCAUAAGCAGGCAAAACUUUGAUAAGGUCAAGUCGUUUAUUAUAAAAGUCAUUGCUGGAUUCGAUGUUUCGAAAGACGGAACACACGUUGGGAUCAUCACGUACAGCUCAGAUGCAAAGACCAUUAUAAGCUUUCACCAGUUCGACAACCCAAAUUUCGAUUUCAGGAAAAUGAAUGAUACCAUACGGGAUGGUCUUUCUUAUCCUUCCGGUGGUAUAACUCGGAUUGAUCUUGCUUUAGAGAAAGCUGAUAAGGAGUUAUUUUCAGAUACAACAAGAUACAGAGUUUUCGUGCCUAAGAUCCUUUUAAUUUUAACUGAUGGCCAGCAAUCGCGAGCCGAUGAUAUCGAUGCUGACCUCUCCGAAGCUACUAGGAAACUGACGAGAAAAGGUGUGGAAGUGUUUGUCCUGGGAGUUGGAGACUCGGUGAAUAUUCCUGAGAUGCUGGAAAUUGCAGCAGACAAAGAUGAAAAUGUCUACCUGGCCGAUAACUUUGACGCUUUGGAAACGGUGGUUGAAGGCCUAGUCAAUUCGUUUUGCAAAGUUUGCAAGCGAAAUUUGGACAUUGUAUUCCUCAUUCCCACUGUGUCAAAUAAAAUAGAAGACGUGAAACAAAUCACUAACGCUAUGUUGUUAUCAUUUGGCAUCAGGAAGUACGAUGGUGUGCAUGUCGGUAUAAUAUCUUGUGCCGAACAUGGAAAUAUUUUGUUAAAACUGAAUAAAAUUUACGCAAGAGCAGGAAUACAAAGGAUUUUGAAGUCAAUGAGAAGAAGAGGAAGUGACGUUGUUUUACACAAGUGCCUGCGUGAAGCAUCUCAAAACAUGUUUGAUGUCAGAGGCGGUGUAAGAAAUGCUGUAGAUAAAUAUCUUGUUGUGUUUGAUGACGGGGGCUCUUUAUUUAAUCAACCAGCUGUGGAUAAUGCUAUUUCAGUACUGAAAAGUCAAGGAGUAACUGUAAUGGGAAUGGCCGUUGGUAAUAAUUUUGCAGCAGUAACAAAGAUGAAAGCAAUCGCUACUUCGCCUCAUAGCAUUUGGCAAAAGCGAGUUCGGUCACGAGAAGUUCAAAAUGCUGCAUUUUUUGCCAGAUCCGUGUCAGAAAUUCUCUGCAAAGAGAAACCAGGAAAAUGCCCGUUUGUGGACCCAGGAGAGGUAUGCGAGGACGAUAAUGUUUUUAACGAGUGUGACUUAGAUUCAGACCGGGCAAGCCCUUGUCCUGAUGAUACGAUUUGCUGUGAAAAUGCUUGUGGUAGAAGAUGUGUUUUACCCACCUCAGAUUGCUUCAGUCCAGCAGAAAUAGUCCUUUUGUUCGACUCAUCCGGUACCAAAGGGGACAAAAAUAAAAAAGAUUUGUUGGAGAGUCUCAAAAAAUUAUCAAAGGAACUGGUGCAUGGUUUUAGCGUAUCUGAGACUGCUGCAAGAGUCGCGAUACUGACCUAUAGUAACGAGGUGGAGGUAGAAAUGAAUUGGGCACAACCGUUCAAAACAGUUCAAAGAACAAUAGAUAACAUAAAACUGUCCAACCAACGAGAAAGAAAUCUCGAAAAAGCUUUAAGAUUUACCAACGAGAAUAUUUUCACCCUGAAGGGAGGACUUCGCAAGAUUGGCCGCCGUAUUUUGGUUGUUUUUUCAUCUAGUUUACCAACGAAAACAGAAACUAGUCUCUCGAGCGCAACCCAAGGUUUAAGAGAUCAAGGUGUUCAGAUAUGGGGAGUUCAUGGUGGCUCUGAUACUUACAGAUAUUUCGAUGAAAUUGUUUCGCAAUCCUCUAAUCUUUUGUCGCUCGCUCACUCGCAAGAUGACGAUGUUUACGAUUUUAAGAAAAGCUUCGUCUUGACCUCCUGCUCUCCUAAAGAAGGGUUUUGUCGCAUUCCAUCCUGUCCCCCCGAAGUACAAGAUCAGUGCCAGAAGGAUUACCUCUGUCCUGGGCAAGAAAAAUGCUGCCGUUCCCCUGGUGAAUGUCGCACUUGUGUUGAAACGAGAACAGUUUGUAAAUACGCAAUGGACUUGGCAUUUAUCGUACAGAAUUCUAUGAGUGAAAGAGAAUUUGAUGCAGUAAAGACUUUUAUGAAAAACGUCAUGGAUGCAUUGGAAGUUGACAGAACCAAUACAUACAUUGGUGUCAUAACUUUCGACAGAGACGCCAGAAUACACCUGCAGUUCUCGUCCAGUGCUGGAGUCCGGUAUAAAAGACGAGCAAUAUUCAACGCAAUUGAUAGGAUUCGUGCGUCACGUGAGCGUUCAACUGCCGGGGCUGCCAAGGCAUUUGAAAUUGCCAAAGAUCGACUAUUUACUCCAGAAGCGGGGUCACAUCCCAAUGAAAUAAGGAAUGUUAUUUUCGUAUCAAAUGGGAAAUUUGAAGAAACAGAAGAAGUUGCAAAAGCUGCGAAAAACCUGCGUUCUGCUAUUUCAAAUAUUUUUAUGUUCCCCGUAACAGACGAUAUCGACGUUGACGCAUAUGAAAAGAUAACUGUCCCAGACGGAGAGAAGAAUAUUUAUUUGGCAACAUCGUAUAAUUCGGUUGAUCAAUAUACCAACAAGAUUUCUGUCGAGUUAUGUAAAAGAGGAUUUCUUGAAGCAGUUAGCAAAAACUCUUUAUUAGAAAGAAGAAAACGUGAUUUACAUUUAGAUACUGGUAUUGAAUUCGAAACGGAAGGAGAGCCUGCUGUUCUGGUUAGAGGUCCUCCAGGAGACCCAGGAAUUUCUGGAAGAGGGGGUGGUGAAGGAGAGCCUGGUGCUUUGGGAAAUACGGGUUCUCCAGGAGCUUUUGGAACGAUUGGCGAACCUGGUGUUCCCGGUGAACCUGGAAACCCUGGAGCCCCUGGAUUGCAUGGUCUGGUUGGUGCAUCUGGUGCAGUGGUAAUCGAGCGUUCAGGAGUCAAAGGCCCUGCGUUUGAUGGUUUUGUCAUGAGGAGUGCUGACCAAAAUUUUACAGCAGUAAUUGCAACCGAAAUAACAAGGAAUCCAAUACCUGGUGCUAGAGGACCAAAAGGGCUUAAAGGCAUGCCGGGUCCGAGAGGUCCAGAAGGAGAACUUGGCGAAAUUGGAAAAUAUGGCCUAUGUGGCAGUGAAGGCGUUGUUGGACCAAUCGGACGGUUGGGGAUUCCUGGCAAACAGGGAAGUCGAGGCAUAUCAGGAAAUCCUGGUGAAGUUGGCAUGGCUGGAGAAAAGGGAGAGAUGGGCGUAGGUGGUAGUAAAGGAAUAAAAGGAGGAAAAGGACCAGGAGGUGAUCGAGGAGAACAAGGCAUAAUCGGGGAUGAUGGAGGGAUAGGAGAUCCAGGUGAACCUGGAUUUGCUGGUGAACAAGGUGAUCGUGGAGAAAAGGGAUCUGUUGGAGAACCUGGAAUAGACGGAGAAGUGGGAUUCAAUGGAUUCCCUGGACGACAAGGUGAUAAUGGCCCACGCGGAUUUACUGGAAAACAGGGUAAAUCAGGUCCUCCGGGACCCAUCGGCUUUAGAGGAUUGCAAGGCCCUCAAGGAUUUAUUGGAAAAAUUGGUUUGUACGGCGCUAUUGGAGAACUUGGUGCAGUGGGGGAUAUUGGUGAUGUAGGAAUCAAGGGAAAGAGGGGUGCUAAUGGUAAACGAGGUGCCAAUGGCCUUUCUGGAAAACCUGGGGAACCGGGUGAUCCUGGAGACAAUGGAAUCACUGGUUUUCCAGGUCAAACCGGAGAAAGGGGACCAAGGGGAGAUAAUGGCGCAGACGCCGAAAACGGAGGAACGGGUGAUCCUGGAGUCGAUGGUGAGGAUGGGUCUCAAGGUGAACGUGGAAUGUUGGGUGAUAAAGGUGUGAGUGGUCUGGAUGCACUUCCUGGUUCGGAGGGAAAAUCGGGAGCCAUGGGACCGACUGGACUUCCAGGAGAGAGAGGACAGGAAGGACCACCAGGACCAAAGGGAGAUCUGGGACCGGACGGACGACCUGGACCACCUGGAAAUACCCCACGUCCAGGAUAUCCUGGGAAACCGGGAGAUCGUGGCGAAAGCGGUGAAAGGGGUGACGUUGGACUAUUAGGACCUCGUGGAAAACCAGGGCAAAAGGGACUUCCGGGAGAACCUGGAUCAACUGGUUUUCCUGGAUCGACUGGAUCUCCGGGCCAUCCUGGAACUGAUGGUAUAUACGGUCCUCACGGUAGUUCAGGUGACCCUGGUCUGAGUGGAAUACCUGGUCCACGAGGUCAACCUGGUGUGCAGGGCAGACCUGGUCCAGAUGGUGAACCUGGACGUCAAGGACAAUUUGGUACAAAGGGAUAUCCUGGCCCCCCUGGUUUUCCUGGACCACCUGGAGUUGCUGCUCCGCCGGGACCAUAUGGCUUCCCCGGACCACAAGGAGACCCCGGGAGGCCAGCAAUUCCGGGUUCGUUCGGGUUUACAGGACGUGUAGGAGAAGAUGGCUUUAUUGGUGAUAAGGGUCCACAAGGAGAUCAAGGUGUUUCUGGAGAACCAGGAGGACCAGGCUCACCUGGUUUGAAAGGAAGUCAAGGACCUGUCGGCGAUCUAGGUACAGCCGGUAGACCAGGUGGCGCUGGAAUUCGUGGUGGAAGAGGGCCAAUAGGUCUACAGGGACCUACAGGGAGGAAGGGUAGACCUGGCGCUCGAGGUAAAGAGGGAGAUCGUGGUGUUAUAGGAAUGGCUGGGCCAGCAGGAAGAACAGGUGCUAAGGGCAAUCGUGGGCGUAAAGGAAAAUCUGGUAGACUUGGAACUAAUGGAGACCCGGGUAGACCAGGAGAAAAAGGACUGAAUGGUAAAGAUGGCAUCACCGGCGACAAGGGAGAGCGUGGUGCUACAGGAAGAGCAGGGAGCUUAGGCGAACCUGGAGAAAAUGGUGCGUUUGGGCCCAUUGGUGGAACAGGAGACUUAGGACGAGAAGGAUCACAGGGUGCAAAUGGACCUCCGGGACCACCUGGAUUUAACGGACUGCCGGGAACAAAGGGACCAGAGGGCGAUCCUGGCCGAGAGGGUCCGAAGGGAGAAGGUGGUGGACCUGGUUUCCCCGGUAAUCCAGGAGCAAUGGGACCGAGGGGUGCGCAGGGAAGAAAGGGUGCGGCUGGUACAGGAACAUUACCUGGAGAACCUGGUACUCCUGGAGUUGAGGGAUUUCCAGGAAAAUUAGGAAAUAUUGGAAGAAGAGGAGCAUCCGGAAAAAAGGGAAUGAAGGGUGACAAAGGAUCGUUUGGAAAUGACGGAGAGAGUGGCGCAAAGGGCUCGUCUGGAAGAGAUGGGUCUGAUGGCAGUAUUGGUGCAACAGGCAUCAAGGGAUCGAGGGGUGAACAAGGCGAACAAGGACCGGAUGGACCACUGGGAGAAGAUGGUGAUGAUGGUCCUCCGGGGAGGAGGGGGGGUGAUGGAGAACCUGCAUUUAAUGGUUUACCUGGCGUCCCUGGCAGUAAUGGUAAACCGGGACAGAAAGGUGAUAAGGGUGGACAAGGUCGAAAAGGCGCCGCCGGUAAACGUGGACAGCGAGGAACAAAGGGAACUGCAGGGCCUACUGGUGAAAAAGGAGAUACUUCUACGAGAGGACCGAAGGGGUUACCGGGAGAUCCUGGGAAACCUGGUUUAUCCCUAAAUGUUCCGACCGGGCCACCUGGACCGCCUGGUCCUCCAGGAAAGACUGGGUUGCCUGGAGAGAAGGGUGGAAAAGGUGCGCGCGGACCAGCAGGACGAAAGGGAGCUACAAUUCGGGGGAGUGUUGGAAGAGAUGGAGUACCAGGAAAACCUGGUAAACCUGGAAACAAAGGUGAAAAGGGAGAUACCGGGGAAGUUGGUGUCAAUGCUGCCGCGCAAGGGCAAAAGGGAGAUAAAGGACAAGUGGGUUUAGCUAGACAAGGCGUCAAGGGUGACAAGGGAAGGGAAGGUUUGGCGGGAUUGGAUGGCCCUCCGGGAUUGAGUGGUCCGCCGGGCCCACCCGGUGAUUCCAAGGGAUCGUUGGGUAGUCCUGGUGUGAAGGGUGUAAGAGGAUUGCAGGGCCCACCUGGUCUUCCUGGACGUCCGGGACCUCAAGCUGUCUCGUUCAAUGGAACAACAUUAAUUAUCCGUCACAAUGCAUCAUACUCCGAGUACUUCGAGGUUGACACGAAUUCAAACAUUUCAAGAUGGUAUUUCAACAUUCAACGUGACAUGGCUUUUUACAAGAAACCAAAUGGGUCACAAUUGUUCCCAGCUAUUUCGUGUUCUGUGUUAUAUUCACAACAUCCUAAACAUGGAAGCGGACGAUAUUGGGUUGAUCCAAACCAAGGAUCACGCGAAGAUGCCGAAGAAGUCUACUGUGACUUCGAAAAUAAAGCAACAUGUUUAGAACCAGUCCAAAAAAAGAUAGAAAACAGGAAAUGGUAUAGCGGUCGAGAUGAAUACAAAUGGUUUUCGGAACUGGAUGGUCUUCAAUCAACUGAUAAGUUCAACUACAUGUUUGACGAUGGCCAGCUUCAAAUGUUGCAACUUCAUAGUUCUAAGGCAUGGCAGCGUAUUACGUACAAUUGUUUGAAUUCCGUGGCAUGGGGCAACACCACUCAAAAUUCGAUCAAAUUGCAAGGUGAUGAUGAUCUAGAGUUCCAUAAUAAAAUGCCUCGCAAAUUACGACCUGUCACCAUUGAGAAUAAUUGUCAGACAAAAGAUGGCACCUGGGGGAAAACAAUACUUGAAGUCCAAGCGCACCCAGGAAACCUGCCUAUUCGUGAUAUUGCAAUCUAUGAUGUUGGUGAUGCUGGGGAGGAAUUUGGAUUAGAACUGGGACGAGUUUGCUUUGCGCCAUAGCUUGAUACAUUGCAAAAAAACAUGAGAAUUUAGGUGUAACGGCUGUUGGUUGGAGUCAUGGAUACGAGUAUGAAUAUAAGAAUUAAAGAAUAAAGUUUCGAUUUUCUUCGAAUUUAUAAUUAGCAGAUUUUUUCAAGUUAACUUUUAUUGUAUAAUUUAGCUUUAAAAGU